AUGUUCAUCAAGGCGAACAUCUUUGUUAUUGCAUUUUUUCUUGCAAUUUGUGAUCUAGCUUUUGCGGAACGCAUCAGUGACUAUUUUGGGAUUUAUUCUGUCAAACCAAAUGAUACUAUUCCGAAUCAGGAGGCACUUUCAUUCAAAUGUUCACUUCAAGCAAUUUAUUUGAUAACAAACAACGCAAUUCCGAGUCCAGAAUUAUUCGCAAAAAUUGUUAAAAAAUUAAAUUUGCCCGAAAAUGAAGAAAUAAAUAAUUUAGAGGACCACACAAAGCAAAAAAUCCGUGAAUGGUUCGAUAUUCACGAAAAAUCCUUCAACAAUGAUGGUUACUUGAAAUAUAAUCAUCCGAUGACGUACCAAAUAAAUUUCAACCAAGACACCAAAUUGACGGGAAAUUAUUUGUACGAAUGGUUGAGUGACAAAACCAAACGUUUAACUGUCUAUAAAAACGAAAAUAAUGAAAAAUUAUCCAAAGAUUUUGAUGAAAAAAGCGAAAAUGAGCUACUUUCAAAAGUAGUUGAUGAUGUAAAAGGCAGAAAUCCAGAAAAAUCCAAAAUUACGCAAAAAAAUUUAAAAAAUUAUUGGAAUUUGUGUCGAAUGUCGUCAGUUACGCAUGAAAAACCGAACGAUAUUUGUGAAAUUUUUACCCUUGAAAAUGCAAAAAUUUUAUCUGAACUUGAGAAUGAACAAUUUUACAACUUGGAUUAUGCAAAAUCUAAAUUGAGAGCUGAACCAAUAUUAAAAACGAUGAAAUCGAAGCUCAUGGAAGGACUCGGAAGUGCCGUUACUUAUAUUAAUUUUGUUAAUUCGCACGAUUUUAUGGCACUUUUUGAUGUUUUAAAUGUUGGAUUAAUUAAAUAUUAUAAAAAAUCAAAGCUGUUACAUGACUCAAAAACUGGAGAAAAAGUAAAUUUCACUACAGGCAAAUUUGGACCACUGUUGAGUACUUUUACGAUACUCAAGAGAAAAUGUCCAUCAAGCAAAUCAUUUGAAUACGAUGUUUACCUUAAUGGAGAUCUCUGGCGUGAUGGGGUAUCUGAAGAUGACUUUAAAAAUUGGAUUUUUGAAAAAGCGCUUAAAAAUGAAGAUGACUUCAACAUUCGUUACGAUUAAAUUUUUGGUCGAAAUACGUUAAAAAAAAUAUUUUUUGCUUAGAUCGAUACCAAUUAUUAGAGUUAUUUAUAAAUUGAAGUGCAUGCUAAUCAAUCAAUGCGGCGACAUUUUUUUAAAU